AGACGCUUGAAAUGGACGCGCGGUUUCAGGUUGAUACGAAGGUCGAUCGCAAGACGGAAAAUGCCCCCGCUUCGGAAAAUGGACGCCGCAUCGUGGGAGGCGACAAAAAGCGAGUGAGGUGGAGAUGGACGCCGGGAAAGGUGUACCACUGGGUUCUGUCGUUCGGUGCCGUCGCGUAUGCCCUGGGGCGGUUCGCCACUACCGAACAAAAAGACUUUGUACACGGAUAUAUGCCAAUUUUCUUCGAUGACAGCCCUUUUGGACUCAAGCAAAGGCAGGACAAUCAGAACUGGGAAUGGCAGACAACCAGGUACAUCAUGGCCACCGCGUGGCAGUGGUACCUGCUGCAUCCCGUGCUGGCCCGGGUGACAGCCCACGUGACACCAUCGCUGGUACCCGUCUUCUACUCUGUCUACUCGUCUUUCUUCGUGACCUUCACCUUCGGCUGGGAGGUGGCGCUGCUGUUCCUAGCACAACAUGCCGCCUUCUACGUCACGGCCUCGCUGAAGAGCACAGCACUGUGCUACGUGGUCGCCACCGUGAUCCACUGCCAGAAGUUCUUUCUCCCGUUUGAUCCAUACCAAAUUAGGCAAUCGGCAGUCAUUCCCGAUUGGCUCACACCCGCCGCAGCUUUCGGCUUCUCCGCCCUGCCUUGGGGUUGGUGGUCGGACAUCAUCUACGGCGAUCUUUGA